GGGCGGCCGUCGCGCACGCGCCGCGCGCUCUUGGCUGUUCCCGCCCGGUCUCGCGCGAUCUGCGGUGCCGGCGGCAUGGCGGCUGCGGCCGAGGAGCCGGAGGUGGACAUCGAGGGUGACUCGGCGGUGGGGCCCGCAGAGGCGGGGCCGGGAGAUCAUGAAAACAUAGCUUCAAGCUUGCUGCAGGAUCACUAUCUCGAUUCUUCUUGGAGAACUGAUAACAGCCUGCCAUGGACACUGGACAGCAGCAUUAGUGAAGAAAACAGGGCUGUCAUUGAGAAAAUGUUGCUGGAAGAAGAAUACUAUUUAUCUAAUAAAUCACUUUCUGAAAAAAUAUGGCUCAGUCAAAAGGAAGCAGAGAAAAGAUCUACAAAAAGCCCGCAUAAGAAAACUGGAAAAGUUAUGGUGCGAUCACCUACAAAAUCAGCAAGCUACUCAUUAAAGUGGACAUCAGAAGAAAAAGAACUGUUUGAACACGGACUGGUGAAAUUUGGCCGCCGGUGGACAAAAAUUGCCAAGUUGAUUGGAAGUCGUACUGUUCUACAAGUAAAGAGCUAUGCUCGGCAGUAUUUUAAGAACAAGGCGAAAAACAGUGAUUCUGAAAAGGAAGAGCAAAGUCAGAGUGGCAGCAGUCUUCCUGUUGAGGAUGGGAUAAGGGUAGCAGCGUGGUCAUCUGGAAACUUGAGAGGCCUUGCCGACCCCAAUCUGAAUGCAGUGAAGAUUGAAAAGCUGUCAGAUGAUGAGGAAGUAGACAUAACUGAUGACAUAGAUGAACUACUUUCUCCUACCUUCCAGCAAGAAACUGGAAAAUCUGAAUUGUCUGUUAUUUCAAGAAGUCCAGUAGAAGAAACAAAAGGAACGGAACAUGUGGUUUUAUCUGUUGGACAUAGUUCUGCAAUUUCUUUACCUAAAGAAGAUCCUCGACCUACCAAGCCAGAUACAGUGGAUGCAUUAGUAUUUCCAAGUGUUGCAGCAGCGUGUUCUCAGCACCUGAACGGUGCUAAUUCCCUGAACUUAGAUUACCGGCAAUGCAAUAACUUUGUUGAGAAAGCCGAACAAGGCAGAGUAGUAACAUCUCAUGGUACUACACAAGCUACUGAUCAUGAACCAAGAGAGGAACAGAGAGACCUCGCUGGUAACGGAUUGCUUUUUCCUUCUCCCCGCCAAGUGGAUGAGGAUCAUCAAGAAGAAGCAGAGGAGCUUAAGCCACCUGAUCAAGAAGUGGAGGUUGACAGAAGCAUCAUUCUGGAAGAAGAAAAGCAAGCUGUUCCUGAAUUUUUUGAAGGGCGCCAGGCCAAAACACCAGAGCGUUAUUUGAAAAUUAGGAAUUAUAUUUUGGAUCAAUGGGAGAGGUGUAAACCCAAGUACCUGAAUAAGACUUCAGUACGUCCAGGCCUGAAGAACUGUGGUGAUGUUAACUGCAUUGGACGGAUCCACACAUACUUGGAAUUAAUAGGAGCGAUUAAUUUUGGCUGUGAACAGGCUGUCUAUAACCGGCCCCAGCCAGCGGACAAAACGCGGUCCAAAGAAGGCAAAGACACAGUGGAAGCGUACCAACUUGCUCAGCGUCUGCAAUCCAUGCGUACAAGAAGACGGCGAGUGCGAGACCCUUGGGGAAACUGGUGUGAUGCGAAGGAUUUGGAAGGACAGACGUUUGAGCACCUUUCUGCUGAAGAAUUAGCAAGAAGAAGAGAAGAAGAAAAAUUUAAACCUGCAAAGUCUUCUAAAGGUUCAAGACAAAUAAAAAGUUCCUUUGAUCCCUUUCAGCUGAUACCAUGCUGUUUAUUCACUGAAGAAAAACAGGAGCCUUUUCAGGUGAAAGUGUCUUCUGAAGCACUUUUAAUAAUGGAUUUGCACUCUCACGUGUCUAUGGCAGAAGUAAUAGGGCUGCUGGGUGGAAGAUACUCUGAAGCUGAUAAAAUUGUAGAAGUCUGUGCAGCAGAGCCAUGCAAUAGUCUCAGUACAGGACUGCAGUGCGAGAUGGAUCCAGUGUCUCAAACGCAGGCCUCAGAAACUUUGGCUGCCAGAGGGUACAGUGUUAUUGGAUGGUACCAUUCUCACCCGGCCUUUGACCCCAACCCCUCGAUACGAGAUAUUGACACUCAAGCUAAAUACCAGAGUUAUUUCUCCAGGGGUGGUGCCAUGUUCAUUGGAAUGAUUAUCAGUCCUUACAACCGAAAUAAUCCUCUGCCGUAUUCUCAGAUUACUUGUCUAGUAAUUAGCGAUGAGAUCAGCUCUGAUGGUUCCUAUCGCCUGCCCUACAAAUUUGAAAUACAGCAGAUGUUGGAGGAACCUCAGUGGGAAUUAAUAUUUGAAAAAACAAGGUGGAUAAUUGAAAAAUAUGGACUCUGCCAUAGCAGUGUCCCCAUGGAUAAAAUUUUUCAUAGAGAUUCUGACCUGACUUGUUUGCAGAAACUCUUGGAGUGCAUGAGGAAGACUUUGGGCAAGGUAACAAACUGCUUCAUUGCUGAAGAGUUCUUGACUCAGAUAGAGAACUUAUUCCUUUCCACAUACAAGAGUGAGAACAAGAGUAAUGUUGAAGAACAUGAGAAUGGAUGUUCAAAUGAAUUGCUAAUGUGAUGGCUUUAACAAAGAAAAAUUAUGGAUUUUUUGAUUUUUUUUUUUCAUUUUCUUCCUCUCCUCCCUAUUUUGUCAACUCUUUCAGAAUUAUCCAUUUUCACAGUAAUCAUUACAGAAUCCAGUGUCAUUAUUGUUGUGGUUUAAACAUACUUUGAAAAACUCCUACUAAUGUGUAUGACCUGACUACAUGACGAACACUUAAUGCUAACAUUUUGUAGAAAACAAGUGCCACAGAAUUAGUUGAUUGGCUGAGUGUCAGCCGUUUGGGAAGGAGGAUGCUUGGUCAAGAAUGCUGUGCUUAGGUCUUCACUUAGAGUUUAUCCUCCCUCAAGUCUUCCACCUUGGGAAUCUUCUUUUAUUUUUCAUCUACAGGUACACAAAAACUCUGAAUUUGUUUAUUAAUGCUUCAGAGACUGUAAGUUUGAAUGAAUUCACAAAAGAAAACUUAAAUGAAAAUGUUGUAGCUCCCUGAUUUCAGGCUUUCCUCAAGUUUUAUUCAGUUGUGAUUUAAUACAUCAUCUCAUUUUUUUUAUUACUUUUCCCCCAUUGAUCCCUACGGUCCAGUAGCUUUCUGGCAUGUUUGCAGUCUUGCUUCUGUGCUGUGGAGGAAAAGCUGGUGAGUUUUCAUGGCUCCUCAGUAGUAGCUGUGCUUGUUUCCAGUGGAAAUGGUAACUGCUGUCUUACUACAGGUUGCAGUCUUUCUGAUCUCCCAUUCUACGGGGAGGCGAUACGUUGUUCUGCCAAAUCAUUGGAAUUUGUCCACUUCUAAUUGCCACUGUUUCCUGUGGAAACAAGAGCUCUUGACUGAUGGCAAACCUUUGUGCAAGGAGCAGAAAAAUAAAUUUGUCUUUUUAAAGAAAAACACCCUCCAACUUUUACAUUCGGAAUCUUCUCUACGAUAUGCAGUUCAAUAACUAUUUUUUAUCAGUUAUUCUGUUUCCUACAAGUAAGUAUUCAGAUAAAUUAGUCAUAAACAGAUUGAUCUUGAUUGAGCAGUUUUUGAUUGCAACUUGGAAAUGUUUCAUGAGCUGUAGCACUGUGAAUCUUUUUAGAAAAAAUAUGCUUUAAGUUGUGCUUUCUCAAUAAUGAGGAAACUUGACUUAGAUACAGUCAUUACUGUUGACACAGAUUUAUCUUUGGCAGAGUUUUUCAGGUCUAAAAUAUAUUUGAAAACAUGAAACAAGCAAGACCUUGAGUUUAUAUAUAGAGGAGUGAUAAUGGACUCAAUUAUUAUUUUAAAAUAUAUAUGUGUGUUUGUGUGUAUGUCUCUAGUCCUACAUAACAUAAAUGGAAUUUUGAGAUUUUGUAUAUUUACAUUUUUAACUUCAGCUUUUCAUUUGUAUAAAGAGUUUGAAAAGCUUUAAUAUUAUACAGUCACAUCCCAAGGAGGGAACUCCUUUACAGGAAAUUAAAAUUACUUUAUUAACA